AAUAUACUACAGGUAAUUAAAAUGGGUGACUGCAACUUUAACUCCACCGAAGUUAAUUUCCCAAAAGCAACCUCUGAUCUGGAAAGCGUCACAAAAUGGUUACGAUUCUGCAAGGCCGCUUAUGUAGACAAAUGUGACAUGUACCACCUCCGUCCACGUCUCUCUAACCUGUCCUUCUUCUUCAGCGAGGCCACAGAGGAGGAUUGUCUGAACACCAAGCAGUUAACGGCUUACUGUAUCUCCAUGAUCCUAAGUGUUCUCAUCAUUCUCGCAAACAGUGUCAUCCUCGCAGCCUUUGUGUAUGGCCGAAAUCGUCUGCUGAAGAGCUCCAAUAUUCCGAUCAUCAGUCUAGCACUCUCUGACCUGCUGACUGGGAUCACCUUUCUUUAUACCUCUACUUGGAAUCUCAUCAUUCUUGAUGCUGGCUAUGACUUUGAUUUGAUGAAGAUUCAAUACUAUACAAGCAUGCGUGCCAACUACUACCUCUGUUUAACACUGGAUGGACCUGGCUUUGUUUUUGCUUGCAUGAUGUCCUCUGUUUUAAGUCUGGCCGUCAUUGCAUCAGAUCGCUAUCUGGCAAUUUUUCACUCUUAUCGCUAUCACUUCUGGAUCACUACCCCAAGAAUGGUGAUAGCAGUCAUAAUUAUCUGGGUUAUAUCCUUAAUAGUAAGUGUUCUUCCUUUGCUGGGUUGGAACAAUUGGAGCGGUACCUGUCAGCUGACUGAUGUUAUGGAUUAUGACUAUCUGGUGCUAUGGAGCUCCAUUUGCUUCAUUUGUGGAUUUCUCAUUCUCUUCAUAUAUCUGAGGAUAUUUAUAAUCGCCCGGAAACACAGUCGUCAGAUUCAGGCACAGGUCUCCUCUACAACUAACACUAGUGAAACCGUUCCACCAGAACCAAGGGUGAGCAGAGAUUUCACAACUAUGAAGCCUAGAAACAAUACCUCUAGUUCUCUUACAAGUUCCAAAUCCACAGUGGAUUAUCUAGAAGACAGUGGUUGUCAUGAUGUUACAGAGAUGCAUAAUAUGUCCACACAAGAAUCAAACGCCUUAGAGCCACAGAACAAAGAGGAUAAUGACAGGAAAGAAGAUGCAGGCAAUAAAGGAGCUGCAGCAAGUGUGGCUCCAAGCACAAGCCAGGAAGACAGUAAAAAUAAAGAUAUCAAUCAGACUGGUGAAUCAGAAAGCACGACCACAGGGACAAAGCAGGGGAAGAAGAGAUCAAGUGGUGCAACAGUGGUCUUCAUGACCGAGAACAAAAAUUCAUCAAAAUUGUCGAAAAAGCAAACCGACAAAAAGGGAUUUCAGAAGCCGACCAUGAAAGCUGUACGAACCACAGCCAUGAUCUUGGGGGCUUUCUACAUAUGCUGGACACCGCUGUUGGUGUACCUUCUACUGAAGGUUCAUGACCAGUUCCACAACCUUACACUGUAUUAUUUAUUUGUAGUGACGCAGCUUAACUCUCUGUUUAACCCCAUUGUGUAUGGAUUCCGACAGAUGGAUAUAAAAACUACACUCCGCAGGAUGAGAACAUGUCAAAAGGCAUAUUAAAUCUUAGAACUUUAACAAUCUGA